AUGGACUGGUGGAAUGAGCUCUGGCUAAAUGAAGGUUUUGCCCGUUAUAUGCAGAACAAGGGCAUAGAUCAGAUUUAUGACGAUUGGGGUUUGUUGGAACAAUUUUUACCAAGUACUGUCCAUAGUGUGAUGAAAUUAGAUGGAACUUUAGGAUCUCAUCCAAUUGUUCAAACGGUGGAGACGCCUUCGCAAAUUACAGAAAUUUUUGACGCAAUCACAUACGACAAGGGUGCAAGUAUCAUCAGGAUGUUAGAAAAUUUCGUCGGAAUGGAUCGUUUUGCCAAAGGAAUCACAGCCUAUCUAAAAGCUCAUCAGUAUGGAAAUGCAAGAACAACUGAUCUUUUACACCAAUUGCAAAUAAUUGUUAAGGAUGAAAUGGAUUUAACUAAAAUUAUGGACACCUGGACGAGGCAAAUGGGUUUACCAGUAGUCACUGUCACAAAAGGUGAAAAACCUGGAGAAUUUGUCCUGACACAAAAAAGAUUUUUGGCUGAUCCUGAUAAGGAAAGUCAGGCUGAACCUUCACCAUACAAUUACCGAUGGGAAAUUCCAAUAACGUACAUCACGAAUGUUAAAGACGAUUAUAAACUUGAAUGGUUCCCGAGGGAAGAUGCUCAAAAAACUAUUCAAGUAGCCGAAGAUGUCGAAUGGAUAAAACUCAACAAUGAUCAAAUCGGAUACUACAGAGUCAAUUAUUCUGAGGAAAUGUGGCAAAAAUUGAGCAAUGCUAUGAAGAAAAGGAUAAUUAGUUUUUCAGCCUCAGACAGAGCCCAUUUAUUAAAUGAUGCCUUUUCCUUGGCCGAAGCAACUUUGUUGCCCUAUUCAACUGCUUUGGAGAUGACAACUUAUUUGGCAAAUGAAAUGCAUUAUGUUCCAUGGGCAGUUGCCUCUACUGAAUUUUAUUCUUUGAAAAAAUUGCUAUUUGGAAGUGAAGUUUAUGAGAAAUUUACGAAAUAUGCACUAGAAAUUCUUCAGCCUGCUUAUGAUAGAAUAAAAUGGGAUGUCGAUGAUGAUGAAAAACAUUUGGAUAAACAUCUCAGAGUAAAAUUAUUAAAUUUGGCUUGUGCAAUGGGACACCAAAAAUGUUUGGAAGAAGCUGGGAAAUUAUUUUUGGACUGGAUAGCUGAUGCUGAAAAUAUUCCUCAUCCUGACUUGCGCACUUUAGUAUACAAUUAUGGAAUGAAACAAGCUGGAACAAAACAAAUUUGGGAUAUUGUUUGGGACAGAUUCAAAAAUGAAGGGGAUGCUUCUGAAAAGGAAAAAUUAAUGGAUGGAUUGUCCUUUAUACAAGAUGCUGAUGUUCUCAAAAAGUAUACAGAUUUGGCCUGGUUAGAAGAAAACGUCCGAGGACAGGAUUAUUUCAAAUGCAUGUCCUCGAUUUCUGCAAAUCCUUUAAGUACUGAUGCAACCUGGAAAUACGUCCAGGACAAUUGGCAAAAAAUGAUCGACAGGUUCGGAUUGGGGGAAAGAAAUUUGGGCAGACUUAUUCCAUCUGUUACCGACAGAUUUACUACUGAGGAGAGGCUAAAAGAGAUGAAUGACUUCUUUGCCAAAUUUCCGGAGGCCGGAGCAGGAGCUGCUGCCCGGAAACAAGCCCUGGAAACUGUUUCCAAUAAUAUAAAAUGGUUAAAAGUUAACAAAGACAGUGUUGCAAAAUGGUUGAACGAGAGGAAAUAAUUUAAAUAAAUGAAUAUAUAUAUAUAUAUAUAUAUAUAUAUAUAUAUAUAUAAGUGCUCUUAGGUGUUAAAAGUCGAAUGAAAUUAUAAAACUAU